CCCAGAGAUUUAUUUUUGCUGGACGCUAGUGCCCUAGUGAACCUUUUAGCAAGCCCUGGUUUCUCACUUGACAGGAUGGGAUGGUUAUCAAAAUAAGUCGAUUGACGCAUCCUGUUUGAGAAAUCGAUCGAGCAAAUGGAUACCGGUGGGCCAUCAGGGUUUAGAAAUGCGCCUUUGACAAGAACAUUAGUCGGAGCUGUCUGCCUGACAUCCUUGCUAUGGCUCACUGGAGUGAUCAAACCACACAGACAACCAAGCAAAGUCCUUCUUCUCUUGGCAUUUCCUCAGCUGGGCUCGUUGAUCUUCGGGCCGGCGCUGCUAUAUCAAUUUCGAAGCUUGGAAAGGCAAUCUGGAACGGCCAAGUUCGCAAGUCUUGUGGGCAUGGCUUUGAUGCUGCAGUACCUUCUGCUGCUUGUCCCAAUAGGCAAAGAGCUGCCUGCAGGGCCAUUUCCGUUGAUAUUUGCAUGCCUCACGCUUUUUCUCAUCGAGACUCCGGCCAUGCAGCACUUCUCCAUCUUUGGCGUUAGACUGACUGAGAAGGUCUUCACCCAGGCUGCAGCACUGCAGCUCGUGCUGUCUUCCCCUCGCAGUGCACUGCUGCUGAUGGCUGGGGGCACGCUUUUAGGAGCCCUCCAACACUUCAAUUUCAUGGGCAUGAGAGACUGGAAGGUGCCAGGGGCGGUGUCAGGGAGGUUGGGCAGCCUGUUGGCGCCGCUGCUUCAGGGGGACAGGCAGGGGCACAGGACGAUGGUGCGGGCGCCGCAGAGCGGCUCGCGGACGGGGGCGGCUGUGCAGCGGCCGCUGGGGCAGCGGGCAGCAGCCAGGGCGCCAGCGGUGGCAGCCUCUAGGGAAGGUGUGGAGCAGCUGGUGGCCAUGGGUUUCUCAGAGGAGGCGGCGCGCGUUGCCCUGGCUCGGUCUAACAACGAUGUGCAGGCCGCCACAUCGCUGCUGCUGUGA